CCCCACUUCUCUUGUGUUUUCCUCCAUUCGUGUCAAAAUGAGAACUUCGUGAACCAUUUUCAUCCAUCCGCCGAUCUUUUUUUCAUCUUCUAUGUGACUACCCACUUUUAAAGAGAAACCCAUGAAUAGAUCUUGUUCUUCUCGUUGAAUUUUGUUGUGUUUUUUCUUCUGGGUCUUGUUAAUAGUUUGAUCUGCGAUUGAAUCCGGUGAAAUUUGUUUCCGUCCUUGAAAUCAAUGUUUCAAUCCGUUCCUGGGAAGGUAACGAGAGGUUAUUUUUCCAUCUUGUCGGGAUCAGACAGCGUAUCUGACCCAACCGGAAACAUGUUGGGGGCAAUUAAAGUAGUUUAGUUCCGAGCGAACACUGAGAGAUUCAGCCCAGUAGUGGUGAAUACCGAGUCAUCUGGCCCGCGCGUGAAAGUAAGGGGUCGAUGCCGUCGGUGGCAAUGAGACGAACAAGGGUUUUCGGGGUGGUUAAAGCCGCAGACGGAGCCCGGGUCCUCCGGUCCGGUCGCCGUCUCUGGCCUAACUCCGUCGAACCAAAAGUCAAGCUAGCUCAUGAUGUGGAUGGCCAUGGUUGGGAUUCUCUCUUGAAAGACCAUGGUAAGAACAAGGCGAACAAAACGUCCGUUAGCAGCAGCACCACCGGGAAAAAAUAUGACUUUCGGGUCAAAAGACGGAGACAAACGAAAACUGAGACUGCCCACGAUGAGAAACCUGUGGAUAAGGUGUUUGGGAUUGUAUAUAGUAGAAAAAGGAAGAGACUUUGCGAUCGAGCAAGUGAUUCUGCCGACAAAUCAGAUGAGACGAUGAGCAACCUGAAGUUUUAUUGCGGGAGAAGAGGAGUCCCGGACCAGGUUUCAUGUUGUCAGCCUCUGCUUACUCUUGCGGCUGAUUGGUCAUGUGGGAAUUGCUGGUUUUCAAGUGUUUUCGGGUUGGUAAUGAGGUACAUGAGGAGGGAGAAACUGAGGUUGUCUGCUCUGUAUGCCUUCUUCUUGUCUCAUCCUAUCAAUGAUGUCUAUGCAGAUCACGGCAUCCAAUUCCUGCUGGAGCCUCCCAAUAGUCCCCACGGAAAUUGCAAAUUUUUUGGGGUCGUGGAUUCUCUACCGCUUUUUUCGGUUGAUUUUGCUGCCGUUCCUCCAUGUUUCAUGGAUAUGCAUAUUACCCUACUUCUCAGAGUGGUUUGUCGUUCCUUUAUUUUCGUAAAGAAAUCCAUAUUUUUUAUCAAAAACGGUGGAAGCCAAGCAGUGGAAGAAUCCAAUACAGAUACUGAAGAAUUUAUAACUCAAGUGUGUAAUUCAAGGGACGAGAGUGUAUUAAGUUUACUCACAUCUAUGAGAGCCUCCAAGUUAACUGGAGGUAAUGCUCAAUAUAGGGGAAGCCUGGGUUCUCAUGGUUUCCAGAAGAGAAGAAGCUCUUUUAGGAGGAGAAGAGCAAGAAAUCUUUCACAUGGUGUGCACAAGUCGUACAUCGGGAUCUCAAUUUCGGAAUUAACAGGAAGUAGGAAAAAUCAGGCUGCCUUUUCGUCCACUGCGUCUCCAAGGAAUCUUAGAAGCUCGAUGCUGCAUAACUCAGCUCCACGAUCAAAUGAGAUUAGCUCUCCACAUGCAAUAACGGGACAGGAAUGUGAUUCUCUGUGUUGUUCUGCAAAUAUAUUGGUCACUGACUCAGACAGAUGCAUGAGGGAAGGAGGAUUUGACGUCUUGUUGGAGUUCUCCUCAUCGUCGAGGGAGUGGUAUAUUGUUUUUAAGAAAGAUGGGUCGAUUAGAUACAGCCACAAGGCACAAAAAAUGAUGAGACCUUGUUCAUGCAACCGCUUUACACAUUCGAUAACAUGGACCGGGGAUGAUAAUUUGAAGCUUGAAUUUUGCGAUAGGCAAGAUUGGCUCGCUUUCAAAGAUAUGUAUAAAGACUGCUAUGAACGGAAUGUCUUGGAACCAAACAUCAAAGUCAUUCCUAUACCGGGUGUACGAGAGGUCAUGGGGUUCGAAGAGGAUAUCAAUAGUCACCACCAUUGCUUCUUUUCUAGGCCAGUUUCAUACAUAGCAAUGAAAGAAGAUGAGGUAUCAAGGGCACUGGCUAGAAGUAGUGCUGUCUAUGACAUGGAUUCUGAAGAUGAAGAGUGGCUGAAAAGGUAUAACAGGGAAAUGCCCGGUGGAGUUGAGACCUCUCAUCAACUUCAGCUGGAUAGUUUUGAAACGAUGAUCGAUGGAUUUGAAAAGGCAUGUUUCCUCAGCCCUGAUGACGAUCUCUCGGAUGAGAAAGCAACGAUCACUAGUCUUUGUUACCUGGGUAAGCAAGAAGUGUUAGAAGCGGUAUACGGUUACUGGACAAGAAAAAGGAAGCAAAGAAAGGCACCACUCAUUGGGGUUUUCCAGCAGGGUCAGCAAGCGAAGAAUGCUCCAUUACUGUCCAAACCCGUCUUUCGUAAGAGAAGAUCAUUCAAAAGGCAGGGAAGCCAACUCCAUGUAAAAGCCAAAGAACCAAGUCCUUUGCAAGAGAAGGCAACCGAACAGAAUGUUUCAGAGGAACAAAGCGCACUUGGCCGAGUGGAGGAAGCAAAGGUCUCGGCAGAUACUUCCAUGGAGAUUGCAAUCACCAAGCGGCAAAUAGCACAAGUUCUUGCAGAGAACGCUGACUUGAUCGUCUACAAAGCCAUGGUGGCUCUCAGAAUUGCAGAGGCCAUCCGGGCGGCGGAAACAAGUGAAUCUGCAACUACCCUUUUCUUGAACUGAGCUUCCGAAGAGAGUUUCCAGAGAUGAUGGGCAAUUGCAGGAUCGAACGAAAGUGCUGUCCUUUUUCGGGCAAAUCUUUCAGAGGUGAUUCGGAGAGAGAUGCUAUUACAGCCUUAAAGUACAGGAUUGUACAUUGGUUUAGAUCUUAGUUUACGGGUUUUCUCUUCUUUUUGUUGAUUUGUUCAUAUAUAAACCUCAUCUGACAUGAUGCACUAUAAGUUCUUCCUCUUCUGUUCGUCUUUUUCGCUGGGACGAUGAAGAAAGAGCUGAACACAGUAAAAGAACAUGGAAACUUCACAUGACC